AUGCCGGUAGGUCAUAGCCCGCAGACGCUGACUGUGCUACUCGAGGGACUAACGUGUACAAGUGAGAGGAAGGUAAAAUGCGACAGCGAGCGUCCAUCAUGCAAGCGAUGCGUAAACGCCGGACGCGUCUGCAAAGGCUACGCCAUAUGGCAAGUCAAGCUUGACACAUCCUCUUUAGUUCAGGAGAAAGAGACACAAUGCGGGCAUCUCGUACCGGUCAUCCAAGACUCAACCAACGCAGUAUCGGCCUCCCCCAGUUCAGCGCACACAAAUCGGGUGCAACUGCUCGCAAACUUUGUCAUCCAGAACUACUCUGGCGCAGCACUUGCAUCGCCACCUUGUGCUCACACUGCACAGCUAUCCUUCCUGCAUACCCUAGCUGGAUCUCAUGUGGCGUCGCCAAUGCUCAGAGUGGCGAUUGAAUCGCUCUGUCUCGCCCAUCUUGCCAAUAACACCAUGGACCGAAGACUGCUCGGCAUGCCACUCCAAGAGUCGUAUGGUCGCUCGAUAUCACUCUUGCGGGCGGCCAUAACCAAUUCGAAGUCCCCUGGUAUAACUGCCCAUCACCAUCGAGACAUCGUUGCAGCCAGCGUUGCGCUAAGCAUGCUGCCACCUUCCGUUCCCGCACGACUGCUUGACAAAGGCGGAGGGAAUAGACACUCGAGCCUUCACCUCAGUGGAGCUUGGACAUAUCUACGAGUACACGGUCCUUCCAUACUAGGAGAGGGCGACUUCUUCGAGGCCCCGCUCUUCUAUCACAUCCACAUUCAAUCGUUGUUCAAUGCGUUUGCCGAGCGCAAAAGAGUCGAGUGGACGCAGGCCGAGUGGGAUAAGCUUAGACAGCUGGGACCAUAUCCGGAUCCUGAGUUCCCUGCCGCAGUCCAGUACCUACUAUAUCCGGAUUGCAUUGAUGACAGCAACGCCAACUUCGUAUGGUACGGACUACGCGAGCACGGGCUAAUGGAUGCUUUUACGCACGCUCUUCCUGGUCUACUGGAAAGAACAGACCAUUUCGUAGCAGCUCAGGCAACCCCAACUACCAAGGAUGACCUGGAGUGGGAGUUCCUGGAUCUAUUUCAACACUUAGGAGGUCUGCAACAGGCGCAAUUUAUCAUACUCCUCCCCCCGAACGCCCUGAACCUCACGCCAACUCUCAUCGGCAUAGACGGUGAUCUUGGCAGCUUCGACGAAAAUAUCGAGGAGCACAUCUUUAUGUUGAAGAAACCGACGCCAUUCUCCCAUUUCUACAAGUUCGCACAAGUCCCACAUGGAUUUGGCUGCGCGCUCGUCCAUCUGUUAUGCCUUUUGGCUGACUGCGCCAUCCUCCAGCUCCUCCAUAACGCCUUCUCCCAAAAGCACUUCUCCCAGACGAUCAAUCCUGUCAAGAUCAUCGACAUCGAGCACCGAGCCUUCUGGCACGCCGGGGAACUCUGUCGAUGUGCUCCCUUCUAUAGCCAGCGGUCGGUCACGGCGGGCAAGUUCCUUUUCUUGUUGUUGAGCUGCGCGGGAAACUUUUUCGAGAGUUAUGGAGCGAUGAAGGAGUGGGAGUGGUGUAGGGAUUGUGCGGAUGCAACGAGGAGAAGGGUGGCGAGGUUGGAAACGAGGAGUCCGCCGACGAUUUGUCCUGUUGGGGAUUUGAUUGAGGGGCUGCCGAAGGGGUUUCGGUAUAGUAAAACAUAA